UCGGAACCGUUAUUCUCUCGUUCAUGUUUCCGGUCGAGAGAAAUAAACACGGGAUCUCCUUCCUGUAAGUUACGUUACACACGCGGACGCAGGCUCAACUAAACAACAAUUGAAUAAACCAGAUAUCUUGAAAUUAAUAAAUUACAAUGGAAACGAUUUUAGAGCAGCAGCGACGAUACCACGAGGAGAAAGAGAGACUUAUGGACGCCAAAACGAAGGAGAUGCUAACGAAAAAAACCACGCUGAGAGACCAGAUCAACUCUGAUCAUCGAGUGAGAGCUAUGCUGGAUAGAUACAUGGAAGUGAGCGCAAACCUCAGAGACUUGUAUGAAGACAAAGACGGAAUGCUGGUCACAGAUCUGGUGGAGUUCACUGAUGAAGAGGGUUACGGACGCUACCUGGAUCUCCACGACUGCUACCUGAAGUACAUUAACCUCAAAGGAGUGGAGAAACUGGAGUAUGUCACUUAUCUGUCAACAUUCGAUCAGCUCUUCGACAUCUCUAAAGACCGGAAGAACGCAGAGUAUAAGAAGUAUCUGGAGAUGUUGCUGGAGUACCUGCAGGAAUACACUGAUCGGGUCAAGCCUCUGCUGGAUCAGAAUGAGCUCUACGGAAAGAUCUUGGCAGAGUUUGAGAAGAAGUGGGAGAGUGGGAUGUUUCCAGGCUGGCCGAAAGAGACGAGUAGUGCUCUGACUCACGCUGGAGCACAUCUGGAUCUGUCUGCCUUCUCUUCCUGGGAGGAGCUGGCGUCUCUGGGUCUGGACAGAUUGAAGUCUGCGCUCAUGGCUUUGGGUCUCAAAUGUGGAGGCACACUAGAAGAGAGAGCCCAGCGUCUGUUCAGCACUAAAGGCAAAUCUCUGGAGUCUCUGGACCCCUCACUGUUUGCCAAAAACCCAAAAGCCAAAGGACCAAAGAAAGACUCGGAGCGCAACAAGGAAUCUGCUUUUCUUGAAGCUCAGAUUUAUGAAUAUGUGGAGAUUUUGGGGGAGCAAAGGCAGCUGACCCAUGAGAACGUCCAGAGGAAGCAGGCGAGCACAAGAGAGGAGCGUGACGAGGAGGAUGAAGAGCAGCCCAGUGAGAGUGAGAGUGAAGACGAACAUAAUGAGAUCAUAUACAACCCCAAAAACCUGCCGCUCGGCUGGGACGGAAAGGGAAUCGACAACUGGCGAAUCUUCGAGCAGGAGUAUGACAUUUUCAUCGCGGCGGCACACCACGAUAAGCCUGCCAAAACAAGGGCCUAUAUCCUCCUCAAUCUCGCAGGGCCGGAGGCCAUAGAACGAGAGCGUUUGUUCGUCUACGCACCGGGUGAGAAUGGCGCUGCCAAAUUUGCAACCCACAACAAAACAAAACCAUGGAAAGACACAAGUUUCACUCCAGAAACUGGAACAAG